UUCAUGGUGAUUUAAAGCAACUGCAUAAAGAGUUAUCAAUUCAGCACGGACUGCCUAAAAGAAUAAAGAAAAGCUAUGUUACUGAAUCCCAGUGAACCUUUGCUGCGAUUAUCCUGGUAAAUAUAUUCCUAUUCCACAACAACAGCUCAGCAACUGCUAAACGAGAGCGCCACAGUUACAUUUGUUAUUGGUCAUUAUUGUUUCUAUCCGGACUGAAAAUCCUGUAACUCCAGCGUUUUGUAACUCCUGUUACUAAGCAACCGACUGAAACAUCGGACGGAAGAAACAUGGCUAAGUUCGUGCUGGCUGGCAAGGCAGACUGUCCUUACUUUGCAAAAGCUGAACUACUUGCAGACCAACUUCACAAAAACCUUCCCAGCUUUACAGUCCAUAAAAUCGUUCAACAUCCAGAUGACUGGGAGCAAUGGCUGCAAACAAUUUGUGAUACUAAUGGCUGGAAGCAUAACCGGUCCCCUAUUGUGUGGAGGGAAAUGAUUGACAGAGGUGGGAAAGGAUUAUUGUUGGGUGGUUUCAAUGAAUUCAUGGAGCAUGCACAGAUUUAUUAUGGGAUUACCUCAGAUAUAAUGGCUGACCUGAUGAUGACGAUUUCAGCGGAGAACCUGCAGACCAAGAUAGAUCUUAUGGAGGAGGAGACUUACUAUAAAGGGCUGAUUAAACCACUGCACAUUUGGAUCACCAGUGCGCUGAGCCCUGUCUGUUAUAACUUGAUCCCUUUGCUGUGCAAUGGAGAAAUAUUUGGUGAAAGUACCUUCAUCAGUCUACAUCUUCUGAACAUCAAGGGUGCUGUAGAGGAACUCAGUGCUCUGAAGAUGGAAUCAGAAGACCUGUCCUUACCCCUGCUUCAUGAAGUCACUGUCCACACAGAUCUAAGUGAUGCCUUCAUGAAUGCUGGUGUUAUCGUUGUGCUUGAUGAAGUCAAACAGGAAGAGUUAUCUAACACUUGUAAAGAAUAUGGGCUCCUGAUUGACAGCAAUGCACACUCGAAUGUACGGGUUGUGGUGGCUGGGAAUUCAUACGUGAAUUUAAAAUGUUACAUGAUAAUGCAAAGUGCACCCUCUAUUGCAACAUGCAAUUUUGUUGCUGUUGCAACACACCUGGAAAAUAUAGCAAGAUCCCAGCUUGCUAAGAAGCUAAAUGUAACUACUUCAGAAGUAAAAUAUGUUUUAAUGUGGGGUAAUAUUGGUGGAAGCAUAUACAUUGAUCUGCACCGAGCAAAGGUCUACAACUAUGACGGUGCUAUCUGUGGGCCACCACAUUUCUCACAGCCUGUACCGGAGAUGGUGUAUGACACUAAAUGGCUGGAAACUGAGUUCUUAACCACAGUCAAUAAACAUCAAUGGACUGUCAGAAAAAAGCUUCAGCACUCAUUGGGUAUAUCCGAAGCCCAUGGAAUAUGUACUGUCUUACAGAGAUGGUAUCAUGGCUCUCCCCCUGAUGAGAUAAUGUCACUUGGAGUCCUCAGUGAAGGACAGUAUGGAAUUCCACAGGAUAUUGUCUUCUCCAUGCCUGUCACAUUUCAUAAUGGGAACUGGAAGGUAGUUUCAGAUAUUAAACACAGUGAUGAUGUGAACGAGAAGCUGCAGUUAAUUGCAAAGGAGAUAACAGGGGAGAAAGUGUUUGCACUGAAAAACACUACAGUUGCUUCUUGAAGUCACUGAGAAGAUGUUAAGGCAUUGUGUAAUUGUAUUGGAUUUACAUAGACUAUAACAAAGAUAUUAAUAAAAAUGUAAAUAAAAAUGUUGAUGUGAAAUAAAUAUCCAUGAUACAAAUAGUGAAGCAAUUUUGAAACUGUCCCUGUUUGAGGGCAUUGCAGCUCUUGUUUACACUGAGGGGUCGGUGAUGUGAUGAGAAACAGGACAAACACAGGCCAGUCUCUAACUACUGAGGUCAAUUUGUGACAUAAUGGUGUCCAUGUUCAUGAAACUUUCCUUUGGUGUACCAUGUGUUGUAUUGUGGUUUUCAUAAUUUAGGUGCACAAAGGUUACAAUGGUACAUCUGAAAUCUAGACAGUGUGGUAUUUUUGUUGUAGGGAAAUCUGACCAGGUAAAGCAGUACACAUUAUAACAAGAGGUACUGUGUUAUUGCAAUGAAGUCUUGCACUGUUGUUGAUGCAAAGCUACAGAUGUGACUUACAUCAUAGAAUGGUCUUAACCUCCAAAAUCAAGAGAUUUAAAAAAAUAAUAAAAUGACUGGUAAGAGUGAACAAGAUGUCCCUUUUCAACCAAAGGUCUGUACAUGAAAUUGCCAUUUGCAAACCGCAUUAUCUGUUCAUGUUACAUAACUAGUAACAAACAACAGGCAUAAUUUUGAGUCCUUAAAUAAUCUUAUUAUUUGUGUUAAUUGUUUUGCAGGUUAAAUAUUUGUAGCAUUUUGGUGUAAAAAGCUUGAUAAAUACGGCCCAUGCUGUAGAUAUUUUUUCAAUGUAUUGAUGAAUGUUAUUAGAUUUGAUUUCAAAUGGUGCUACUAGGGCCCCUCCCCCUAAUCGCUUACUUUAACGUCUCUCUUUGUCUGUUUAUAUAUCCAGUAUCUAUCUAGUUUUCUUCCUCUGCCUCCUAUCCACCUUCUGUACUGUAUACAUUACAGCAGAAAAGGUGUUCAAUCAGAACAGAAGACAUCUACCUCAAAAAAGUAUGUGUACAAUUUUAAAAUGUUCACAAGGUAGGCAUCUGUCAGGAAGUGCAAGGGUUAAGUCAUGACUUGGUGCAGAAUUACAGAAAUGAUCUUCAGUACUGUAUAUUAUUUAUUUAUUUUUUCAUUUAAAUACAUCCUAGCACGUUGUCAAUAACUUGGUUAAAGCUUUAUAACAAGUAUUUGUAAUUCAGAUGAGAUUACAUAUAUGAUGAAUACAGUAUAUGAUUUCUUGUCACACGAAGUACAGGAAGUAAAAAUACCUUUUUGAUUCUUCUCUUAUGUAUACCGCCUUUUUAGCCCUAACCUUAUUUCAAAAUCAACAUGCAUCACUUACAGUAGAUAUGGAUCCAAAAACACAAAACUUGGAAAUUAAUAAACAAGCAAAAUAAAGAAAGGAAAAAAAAAUUGCUCCAAGAACACAAAUAUUCGAUUGUUUUACAAAAGUGAAAACUAGCUCUAUUUCUGUCUGAACAGAGCAUCAAAUUGUUACCAUAGCAACAGACAUCAGGAUGGACUGGUGCACUUUCUUUCUUUCUUCAGUCAGUGAAGGUAUAGCUCAGCCAGACUGUUUGAUUUGUAUUUUUGUAUGAACCUUUUAUUUGGCUCUGUGCCUAUUUUAUUUUGUGUUUUUGUUUUAUUUUUGUUUAAAAAACCUGCACUUAAAACCUGCAGUUACUGUCUCAGAGUCUCUAUCCACCCAACCAUCCUUUCACAAUGACAUAUACCCUGAAUGUUCUAAAUGUGAAAUGGCUGCUAAGUAUGGGGGUGGUGGGAGCUUCAAAGCGUAACAGUGCUUCUUCUGGUGGCAAAUCAUCUAAAGGAUAACAUUAGGAGGGCUGUAGAAAUGUUGUUGUGUUAUUUUUUGUAUUCAGGGUCUUUGGAGUAUAAAACUCUGGAAUUCUUCAAACUUGUGAAGUUCGCUCUGAGGUCUUGUCCCAGUAUCGUUGCUUCUAAUGUUAAAGCUUGGCCUGUUUCCAGAAGAUGUACGUCAAUAACUGUUUUAUGCAUUAUCUAAACUGGUUGCUAAACCCUCA